AUGUCAAACAUGGAUUUAUCCUGCUCACGUGUAUUAACAAAUUCGACAAUUGCAAAUCUGUCAUCAGGUGCAAUUGUCAUACCAGCUAUGAAAAAUUCCUCAUCAGUGAAUAAAAAUCUUAUUAAUCCUUUACAUAUCGGUGAUGCUGCUUUACAAAAAUUACGUACAAUAACAACAACACCAGUUAUUAAAACAUCAAAUAAUACCAUUAAUACACUACCAACUGUUCUUAUUAUGAAUAAUAAUAAUAAUUCGAUUAAACCAGUAUCACAACCACAACAACAACCAAUGACUGUUAAUCGUCUUUUAUUCACCAAUAAUAAUCCUACUGUCAAUUCAACAGUAAUUAAUGGACAAAAUACAAUUAAUUUGACUACACUUGUUAAUAAUUUAAACACCUUAAAUCAAAUAGCUUUAUUACAAUCAACAAAUUCUAAUAUAUCAACACAAAAUAGUAUAACAAGACUUCUUGAAACACCUAUCAAUGUUAUUCAACCAUCAUCUUCAUCUCCACAUAAUGAUCUUAUAAUCUCAUCAACCAAUAAAGAAAAUGAAAAUGAACAAGUUGGUACUAAAGCCAAAGCAUUAGUUGAAUUAUUAACAAGUUCAAAUAUUCAACCACCAUCAUGUUUUGGUUCAACACUAAUAGAACCAGCAACAAAAACACCAUAUUCGGAUGCAACAUGUACACGAUCAAAAAAACGUAUUAAUCGUGUAAAACGACCAAUGAAUGCAUUUAUGGUUUUUUCUCAACUUGAACGUCGAAAAAUUGUACAAUUAGCACCUGAUAUGCAUAAUGCUGAAAUAUCAAAAUAUUUAGGUGCACGUUGGAAACGUUUAACAGAAAAUGAACGACGUCCUUUUAUUGAUGAAGCUGAACGUUUAAAAAUGUUUCAUUUACGUGAAUAUCCUGAUUAUAAAUAUAAACCACGUAAACGUCUAAGAAAAGGUUUAUUAACAAAUAAUUCAUCAAUACAUAUUGAUACAUCAGAUACAUCAUCUGAUGCAUUAUUAACACCAAAAUUAGAAUCAAAUAACAAAAAUAAUAAUCGUACUACUACUACUAAUAAUAAUAAUGAGAAUAAUUCCAUGAUAAAUGAAAAUACUUUUUCAACAAAUUCAAAUAUUGAUGAUUCAUUAUUAUCAUCAUUAUCACAACAACAAUUUGAUCCACUUUUACUUGAUGCACUUGUUACAGCUGAUCCACAAACACAAGAAGCUUUUUUUAAUCAACUUCAAGCACUUGGUGAUUUCAAAUUAUGGGCUGAUCUGGAUAUAUCAAAUAUCGAUGUAGCUUUAUAG